UCUCACCAUAUCAUUGCACUAGCAGACGGCAACACUCGACAUAACUCGGGCUCUCCUCCACGAGCGCACUUGCUGAGGAACAGGUGGUGGCGAGUCGUGCUGUGCAAGUAUUGCCGAAAUGCAGCGAAGCGUGGAAGGCGACGAGGACUAUGAAGAGCAAGAGGACGUACCGCUUCAAUAUCGACGACCCUUUGGCGCGGGAAUCAGCCGCAAGCCUAUCCAGUUCGUCAAGGCAUCAGAUCCAAACCUGAGCACCACACAGGCGGCCAAUAAAACAAAAAGCGGCGCUUCCGUUGGCGACUUUUACCUCAGCCUGGUGCUCGGCGACAAGAAGCAAGCGGAAGCCGAAAAGCCUUCGCCGGCGGCAGGGCAAGUAUGCGCCGUGUGCGAGUUGCCCGUGGAUAAAGACGCCGCCGUGGGAGAGGUCGUCAAUGACAAUGAUAAGCCCACGACAAGUAGACAAAAGCACGAGUCUUCGAUUGCUCACCAAGUGUGCCUCACACACUCACAUCCCCCAUCAGCACUAGACCGGUCGCGCAUGGGCUUGACAUAUCUUUCAUCCCAUGGCUGGGACCCUGAUUCACGCAAGGGGCUCGGUGCCGAAGAGCAAGGCAUGCAGUAUCCCCUGAAGACUCGACCGAAGGAGGACAAGUACGGUUUGGGGCUCAAGAUCCCAAAAGGCAUUCAGGGAAAGAUUGAAAAGAAGAAGCCGCAGAUGCUGGACGCGAAGCAAUGCAGAAAGAAGGCUGACGAAGACAAGAGAAAGGCUGAGAGGUUGCGAGAGAUGUUUUACGCCAGCGAAGACAUUGACAAAUACCUGGGGACCGGUUUAUAAGGGGAUAGGAGUCAUGAGAAGCAAUGAGAUACCCAUAAUGGAGGACGAAUACGAAACUUGAGCCUGUCGAAAUCCGUUUUAAUUUAUAGAUAUACGGCCUUGAACCUUGGUCAAACGAAUUCCCCUUGUACGGACGACUAUUACAAGACUUCAAAAUACUGCCAAAUUACCAUAGUUCGCAGUUGUAAUAACCAAAAACGAGC